CACCAGCAGCAGCUUCGCCAUGGCCAAGGAAGGAGCCGAGAAAGCCGAGGAGACGGAGCAGAUGAUCGAGAAGGAGGCGGCCGAAGGCGUCGGCGGCGGAGGGGACGGCGGCAACGCCGGCGGCGGCAACAACAGCGGGGUCGGCGGCGUCCAGAAAGCCGGGGAUGCCAAAGAGAUGCGAGCCGUGGUGCUCUCCGCUUUCGGGGGCCUCAAUAAGCUCCGGGUGUCUAAAAAAGUGAUGCCGGAGCCUCAGGAAGGAGAGCUGAAGAUCCGCGUGAAAGCCUGUGGCUUAAAUUUUAUUGAUCUGAUGGUUCGCCAGGGGAACAUUGAUAAUCCACCUAAAACACCACUUAUACCUGGAUUUGAAUGCUCUGGAAUUGUAGAAGCUCUGGGUGAAAACGUGAAAGGCUACGAGAUUGGAGACAGAGUCAUGGCCUUUACUAACUACAACGCCUGGGCGGAGGUGGUAUGCACACCUGUUGAAUUUGUGUACCAAAUUCCCGAUGACAUGAGCUUCUCCGAAGCAGCUGCUUUCCCUAUGAACUUUGUAACGGCGUAUAUGAUGCUCUUUGAAGUUGCCAACUUGCGGGAAGGCAUGUCAGUGCUGGUUCAUUCUGCUGGGGGCGGAGUGGGACAAGCUAUUGCUCAACUCUGCUCAACGGUUCCCAAUGUUACUGUCUUUGGAACGGCUUCUUCUUUCAAGCAUGAGGCCAUCAAAGAGUCUGUGACUUACCUGUUUGACCGAAAUAUGGAUUAUGUCCAAGAAGUUAAAAAAAUCUCUGCAGAUGGUGUAGACAUUGUCCUGGAUUGCCUUUGUGGUGAAAAUACUGGUAAAGGCCUCAGUCUACUCAAACCGCUUGGGACUUAUAUUUUAUAUGGCUCAUCGAACAUGGUUACUGGGGAAACCAAAAGUUUCUUCAGCUUUGCAAAAUCAUGGUGGCAAGUGGAGAAAGUAAACCCUAUCAAACUUUACGAAGAGAACAAAGUCAUGGCUGGAUUUUCUCUGUUGAACCUGCUUUUCAAACAGGGCCGAAGUAGCCUUGUCACUAAAGUAAUGGACAAUCUCAUAAAACUUUACAACGAGAAGAAGAUCAAACCAGUGGUUGAUUCACUGUGGGCGCUGGAAGAGGUGAAGGAAGCAAUGCAAAGAAUCCACGACAGAGGUAAUAUAGGAAAAUUAAUUCUGGAUGUGGAGAAGACACCUACUCCUUUGAUGGCCAACGACAGCACAGAGACCAGUGAAGCUGCUGAAGAGGAAGAAGACCACGAGGGGGACAAUGAGAACAAAGAGUGUAUACCAUUCAUUCAACAGUAGUUGGAAAAGGUGGGAAUGAGAGCUGGAAGAGUUGAUGAAGCAGAAGAAGGGAAGACAACUGGGGAAACCCAUUUUGUGCACCAGUGAACAAAUGCUCUAGUACAGUGUGUGCUGUUUUGUUUUUCCUUUUGUCUGCAGUCAGCUGAGCUAUCAGGUGUUGGUCCUUGAUGUUUUGAACUGAAGUGCCAUUCUGACUUUCCCGGUAUUAUGACAUUCCAUCCUGUGGUCUCCAGUUUGCCUGUAAGAGUCUUGUUGAAUACCUAUCAAAAGCCUUAUUGUCAUCUACAGCGAUAGGAGACACAAACAUCUUUCCAUGUUGGUUCCAGAAACAAAUUUUCGAUCCACUUUGAUAGGGUUGACAUGGGUUAGUUUUGGAGAGUGGGGGGAUGUUAGGUUCUGCGGACAGGGUAAUCCAUAUGUACAGUAAUUGCAGACGUGCAUAGCCUGGAUUCUUCUUGGCAUUUUCUUCACUUAAAACAUAAGUAUGCCCAGACCAACCCCUACCUAUUACCAACUUUAUUUAGGUAAUUUUAAAUUAAAAUUGAGAGCCAGUUUAACGUGAUAGUUAACGCAUCAGGCUAGAAACCAGGGAACUGUAAAUUGUAAUUCCGCUUUGGGAACCGAGCCAUCUGAGUAGCCUUGGGCCAGUCAUUUUUCUCUCAGCUCUAAGAACCAGGCAAUGGCAAACCACUUUUGAAAAACCUUGCCCCUCCCCCCCAAAAAAAACCCUUCAAGGACUUGUUCAGGCAGUCUCUGAGAAUUGGACACAAUUGAACAGAAGAGAAACAAGUUAAAAUUAGUGAUUUGAUAAUAUGGGGGGAUAUGGAUGAACAAAAAUCAAGCUAUUAAAAUGUAUUUACAGUCAAGGAAACAAGAAAAAUCUUUAAGGCUUGCUUUCUCUUGGGUGACACUUACCGUAUAUACUCGAGUAUAAGCCGAGUUUUUCAGCACGUUUUUUGUGCUGAAAAACGUCCCCUCGGCUUAUACUCGGGUCUAUACGGCUUAUACUCGAGUUUUUUUUUUUUUAAGCCCCUCGGCUUAUACUCGAGUAUAUACGGCUUAUACUCGAGUUUUUUUUUUUUCUUUUUUUCACAUUUUACCGGACGGCGCGGGGAAGCCCUGCCGGUGCAGUGAGAGGGCGGGGCGGGGGAGCCGCCAGCCUUCUCAGCUGAGGGAGGGAGGGUUUCCCCAACCGGUAGGUGCCUCAUUUCCCACCCUCGGCUUAUACUCGAGUCCCCAGUUUACCCCAGUUUUUGGGGUAAAAUUGGGGACCUCGGCUUAUACUCGGAUCGGCUUAUAUUCGAGUAUAUACGGUAACUUAUCUCUUUCCCCAGCCCUGUUCAGACUGAUCCACAGGCAAACUGUGUAGUCAUGUUUUGUAAUAAGUGGGAAAGUUGGUACAAAUAGACCCUCUCUGUUGAUAAACUGAUACAAAGCCUUAAACUAUCACCUAGGCCAAUAUUACAAAAUUAUAAUCAAUAACUGGGCAAUGAUAUGAAUGAACCCUGAUAAAUCCAUGUGCACAUGAAGCCCUGUCCUACUAUAAAUUUGGAGAACUGCCCAUGAUGUAUCCAUAAACAUGCAUCUUCUCCUUUAUGGGCAUAAAGAAAGAAAAUCCUCUUUUGAAUCACAAACUAAGGCUACCAUGGUAGGCAAUUAGCAAUUUUUUUUGCUCUGUAAAAUCACACCAUCUUUAUUAAACAAUCAUCUCUUUCUCAUUUCUCAAGAAAAUACCUCAUGUGUACAAUAUUGUAUGGUAUACAAAAAACCCCGAUCAUCAAGAGAUGCUAAGAUGCACUGAUUUGUGUAACUCUCAGUGUAUAAUAGUUGUUACGUUAGUAGUGGCUCAGACUCCACCAAUUAAUUAAAAUGGGUUCAUUGAAAAUAUUGCCAACAAAUUGUUGAUAGUUGGUUUGCCUAAAUUAUAUUAUUGUACAAAGAAAAUUCUUCAGAAUGACUUUAUACUUUCAUAUCCUAAACGUUUGUUUAGCAUCUUUUUUUUUUAGCAUUGUUACGCAAAACAGCACUCUUAAUAAUACUUAAAGGUAGCUCAAGAGUAAAUAUCUCCACUCAACACAUUUAAAGAAAUAUUAGUCUCUUAAUGCUUUAUCCAAAUGCUGACACUUUGUGUAAACCUCACGUUAUUCUUGUCUCAAUAUCAUUUUUCUUAUAGGAAAAAAAAGUACUGUGAUUCCAUAUCUUGUACUCACCGAGAACGUAGAUUUCCUAUGCAGUUUUAGUGUUUUCCGCUUUAUUAAUCAAAGAAAAUAUUUGUCCAAAUGUCUUGGAGAACCACUAAACUAUUACAUCUUUCCUCAGAAGAAAGAUGCAUUUGGAUUGACAUAUUAUUUUAAACAUUCCAAUUUUAUUUUUCUAAUUUUCUGAUACGUGCUUUCUGUCUGUUGAACAAUUGGGUUCUGUUAUGACCCUAAAAGAUGGAUUUUGACAAUAAGCCAUUUUACAAAGGUAAUCUUGUUGUUCCUUGAAGCUGUCGAUUAACCAAACCACAGAUGAAAACAAAUCAAAUUAAGGAUGAUUAAAAACCCAAAGAAAGAGAAGGAGUUGAGAUAUCAAGAUGUUAGAAUAAUUGAUCAUUAUUUAUACACAUCAUUUGGUCUAAGUAUAUCACUUUUCAGAGUGAUAGUAAAUAAAACAGCCACUUUAGGUGUGGUAUGCAGUCCAAUCAGACUUAAUAGGAAUUUUAUAGCCAUUGGUUUUUAGAGGGGGGACAGGCAAUUUGCCAUUCCUGCAUUAUUAUUUCCUCCCCCCCUCAAAUCUCCAGUUGUGUAUUUUUCCCAAGGUGGGGAAAACGGCUUUAAUGGUAGGAGAACAUCUAUACUAGUUUGGAAUUGCAACAGGUCUGAGCUAGAUUGGGGAACAGAUCCAUUCAAAUGAUUUGAUUUUAAAAAUCGAUCGGACUCAAUGGUUUGCAUUGACUCAUAAAACUGACCGGAGUCCAUUCGAAAGUUUGGAUCAAACAAGCGAAUUGAUUCAAUUAUCUUUUUUAAAGCCAUUUUUUGCAUCUCUACCCAAAAAAAAUAAAAAUAAAUCCAGAUCACUUCAAAAGGAUCCAAUAAGAUUAAAGCUCCUGUCCAAUGGUAUUUUUUUAAAAGUCAGUUUGUUUUCGAUACUUGAUCGAAUCUCUUUCAGGUAUAAUCUUCUUCAAUCCGAACGUCCGCACUUUAGUAAAAAUGAACAGCUUUGAUUCAAGCCCUCCUUUUGGAAUUUCACUGGCAGCAUCAUUAUAACCCCACUGUUGUUUAUACGAGCCUGCUCUAGUUAUUCACUGCCCUGCCAAUCGAUUUUAUAUCCAUCAUUAAAAUAAUAUUCGUGGUGCGUUCUAAUUCUACCACCAUCAGCCUUCUCUUAUUACCCAGGUAUCUCUAGCAGUGCAACGAUGAUUAAUAGCCACUUUCUUCAUGGAUUGGAUUCAACUCUGUUUUGAAAGACAUUUAAAUUGUAGCUGUUACCAUUCCAUUUUUGUGACUCAUACGGAAGCUUUUUUUGCGGUAAAUCGAUGUAUCUCCGCAGAAUGCCAUCUCUUCAAGAAUAUAGAACAGUGAUGACUAACCUUUUUGCCAUCGCGUGCCGGGGUGGGGGGUGUUGCACGUCUGUGUGCCCACACCCAUAAUUCUAUGCGCCCCACCCCUAUGUGACCCCCCCGCUCCCCCCGCUUCUGGCAUGUGAUGGCCUGGUAGGCCCAUUUUCUCUCUCACCUGGCUCCAGAGCCUUUCUAGGAGUCUGGGGAGGGCAAAAAUGGCCUUCCCUCACCGGAGGCUCUCUGGAGACCGAAAACAGUCUGAAAACGGACUUACAGUCCCACUGGAAGUUGGCAAACAGGCUGUUUCUGGACCCCAGAGGGCCUCCGGGGGGAUGGAGAAGGUCGUUUUCACCCUCCCCAAACUCCUAGAAAGGCUCUGGAGGCUGAUGAGAGAGAAAAACGGGCCUUCCUCACCACCACCCUGAGGCCCUCCGGAGGCAGGAAACAGCCUAUUUCCCUACUUCUGGUGGGCCCAGAAGGCCCAAAAAUCACACGCUGGAGCUGAGCUUGCAUGCCCACUGAUAUGGCUACCAGUGCUACCUGUGGCAUGCAUGCCAUAGGUUCGCCAUCAUGAAGAAAUGCAACCAGGGAUGGAAUGAAGGGACCAUGUCAAAAAAAUUGCAAAAUAAUGCCAUCUUUUAGGUGUGUUUUAAGGGCAGGAGCCAUUGCAAGCUUACCACUAUAAUCAAAUCAAACUUUAUUUUGGUCACUAACCAACAUAUAUACCAGUAUCAAAAGUUGCCUCUUCCAAGAAGAUCAGCUGAGCCUUCACUUGAGUCCUUCUUUUAGACUUUGGAGAACACAGGUGACUUUGGUAAACACCCUCUGAGUGGGCCAACCUUUUCACAUCAUUGCGGCUAUCCGCCUAUUUAUCAUCAUCUUUUAAAUUCAAUCCCCAGAGAUGCCGAGAAAUUAGAAAGUAGACCAAUGAAAACCAAGAAUUUAUCAUAAGCUCCUAACUUAAGCAGGGGCAGAUGCCUUAAAACUCCCCAUCUUUUGACAUUUUUACGAGUAAGCAUUUUGAAAGGAAACUCUUAGAAAUAAGGCAAAGCUGCAGGGUUUGUUUUUGAUGGAAGAGAUUCCUCUCCAUGCCUAAAUAACAGAAUAACAAGAGUUGGAAGGGACCUUGGAGGUCUUCCAGUCCACCCCGUCCACCCCACGCUCGUUCUGGAGCACAGGAGGGGAAACAUUACAAUGUUUUCUGCAACAUGCACGUGAUAGAAAAAAAUGCACAAAAUCCCUACAUCUCUGUGUUGUCCUCCUGGAUACAUUCUUCCUCACUAAUUUCAAACGUUUUGUAAUCUCUUAGGCCUGCCUUUUAAUCCAUUGUCCAUCAGUCUUAUAUUGCAGAAAGAAAAAGACAUUCCUAUUUUCCCUUGUGCAGGUUUGUUCUUCUUGGUCAGAAAUCUUCAAACUUGGCAGCUUUAAGACUUGUGGACUUCAACUCCCAGAAUUCUGGGCGUUGGAAGUAUGUAUUUAUUUCACCCGAUUUUCAUCUUGAGUAUUCCCAUUAGCAAAAAGGUAGAAUCAACACUGAGUGCGUAAGUAGAGAGAAAGGAAGCCAGAAAAUUAAUUGGUGUGAGAUUAGCCUUGGUUCCCCCCUCUUUGUUUUAGAGAUGUCCGUGAUGAUAGUAUUAGGAGUUCUGUGAUUCAGCUCCCAUUGUGCUUAAAAGCACAAAAUGAAGCAACGCUUUGUGAACGUAUGAAGCAAGGCUCAGUUUGCUCCUCUUCAGGUUUGAUGUUGCCUUUGGGUUGCAGACCUUUGAUAACUCGGACAAAUUGAUCUCGCGCUUCAUCCUGCAGCAUUGCAAAUAUUGAAACAAAGGGGUGAGCAUUUGUGGAUCAUUUAUUUGCUUUGUUGUGGUUAGUUGUGAAGUCAUGUCUGACCCAUCGCGACCCCAUAGACAAGGUUCCUCUAGGCCCUCCUGUCCUCUACCAUCCUCUGGAGUCCAUUUAAGCUCAUGUGGACAGCUUCAGUGUCUCCAUCCAGCCACCUCAUUCUCUGUUGUCCACUUCUUCUUUUGCCCUCAAUCUUUGCCAGCAUUAGGCUCUUCUCCAGUGAGUCCUUCCUUCUCAUUAGGUGGCCAAAGGAUUUGAGUUUCCUCUUCAGUAUCUGGCCUUCUAAAGAACAGUCAGGGUUGAACUCCUCUAGGACUGACCGGUUUGAUCGCCUUAAAGUCCAAGGGACUCGCAGGAGUCUUCUCCAGCAUCAGAGUUGAAAGGCCUCAAUUCUUUGGCGUUCAGCCUUCCUUAUGGUCCAACUUUCUUUAUUUGCUUAGAACUCUUAAUUGUGGAAAUAACUUCAGAAACACAACUGUCCUUGGAUGCAUUCUUUUGAAACGGGCCAGUGCUUAUAUUUUGUAAGCUAGAGAGAGGCUUUCACAUCAAGUGGAAUAAAAAUAGCCUAACAUUCAUGCAAACUAUCAGUGCCUGUGAUCCAUUGGAGUCAACCUUAUGUGCCAGAACUUCACUGGACCUUGGAUUUUCUUCUGGGAUUAGGUGAAAGAGUGCAAACACUUGGCUUACCUCCUCCCCAUCUGUCCACAAAGCAACUUUAUUUCCCUAAAAUUGCAGCCUGGCUCUUCAGGGAAAUUUAGAAAAGGAUCUCAUCAUUUGAAUUUCGAAAGAGAUAACUGCCCACGCCAGAAUACAUUGGGGGUACAGCAGGUUAUAAUGCCCCAUAUAGGUGAAGAAAUGUCUCUGUAGGGAGAAAGCAAUGGCAAGUAAAAGUCUCAAAAUCCAUCAUUAACAGGUCUUGCUUUCAAUGUGCAGGGAAAACUGGAUGGAGGUGGAGAACUUAGUUUUCAAUUGUGCCAACUUUGGGGUUGGGUAGACUCCUGUCUCUUAAGGCAGCAGGAGACACUGUAGAAAAGGAAUUUUAUUUAAUCAGUAUUAUUACUGGGGAACAGAGUUUGGAAUCUUGGAGCCCCAAACCUCUUGUUAUUAAUCUACUUUCAAAUUUUACUCUAAUGAAUUGAUUGCUGUCAUCAAGUAAAAGGAAAUGAGUUCCCAGUUUGGAUUAUGGAACUAUGACAGCCUCUCUUCAUCAUCCACCUGAACUAAGUAAACUGAAAUGUUUGUUUUAAUUGUUCUCUGUUGCUUUAAAGCUUUUGUUAUAUUGUGCCUACCAAGCAGAUGAUGUUUACAUAAAAAUAUAAAUAAACUAUGAAGCAUAG